UUUAAACAGACACGCUGUCGAGCGAUGUUGCAGAGUUAGUGGCUGAAACUUGAGUUAUGGUGAUCUAACACAGUAAAGCAGAAACACCAAGUCUCCUCAAUGUGAAACCCAGAGGCAGCGUCUCCCACUCCCUUCUUAUCCAUCAUCUUGUUAUCCCUUUAUUAUUUUCCUUCACAUGCAGUAAUAAUGAACACAUUACAGGUGCAGGUGAUGUCGUGGAGUGUGGGCUUAGGUGGCAGGAUGACAUUUGCCAAACUCCUCCUUCCAUUCCUCAUUCUCCACUCUUUCUGUGAAGGCUCCAACCAGCCACCACGUUUCCUGAACUACUUCUUUUCGACCUACCUUCUCAUCUAUGAAGAUAUGCCCAUUGGUUCCUCAGUGGCCCAGCUGAAGGCAACUGAUCCUGAGGGGGAACCCUUGGUGUACGGGGUUUCAGGGGAAGAGGCCAUGAGGUACUUUUCAGUGAACCAAGACAACGGUAUUGUCUGGCUUCGACAGCAGCUGGACCGUGAAACCAAGUCAGAGAUGCAGGUUGAAUUCUACGUGAGUGACAUUCAAGAGGUUGUCAAAGACACAGUAAACAUCCAGAUUGGAGAUGUGAACGAUAAUGCACCAACCUUCCAUGGGCAGCCGUACACCGUCAAUAUCCCAGAGAACACAUCUGUUGGCAAAUCGGUGUUUACGGUGAACGCCACAGACCCAGACCAGGGCACAGGAGGCAGUGUUCUCUUCUCCUUCCAGCCGCCUUCUCCCUUCUUCUCCAUCGAUGGGGCCCGAGGCACCGUCACUGUCUCCCGACCUCUGGACUAUGAAACGACCUCGGCCUAUCAGCUCACGGUCAAUGCCACGGAUCAAGACAAACUGAGACCUCUGUCCCGGCUUGCCAACUUGGCCAUCACAAUUACUGAUGUCCAGGACAUGGACCCCAUUUUCACCAAUCUUCCCUACAGUACCAACAUAGAAGAGGGUGUUCCCUUGGGAUAUGAAGUGCGGAAGAUAACAGCCAUUGACCAGGAUCUUGGCCGACCACGAGGCAUCGGCUACACCAUCAUCUCAGGGAACACCAACAGCGUUUUUGCCCUGGACUACAUCAGCGGGUCUCUGACAGUGAAUGGCCAGGUGGACAGAGAAAACCCACUCUACUCAGCAGGAUUCACUAUCACUGUCAAGGCCACAGAGUUAAAAGAUGAUCGCAGUCCGUCAGAGGCCACGGUGAUGACCACCUUCACCAUUCUGCUAAUUGACAAGAAUGACAACGCUCCAAAGUUCAACAGCACCGAGUAUCGGGUGCGGAUCACUGAGCUCGCCCAGGUGGGCUUUGCUCUGCCACUCUUCAUCCAGGCGGAAGACAAAGAUGAGGGGGUGAACAGCAUGUUCCAGGUGUUCCUGACAGGAAACAAUUCAGAAUACUUCACCAUCUCCCCCACAGCAGUGCAGGGGCGUGCCGACAUCAGGAUGAGGGUGGCCAUGCCGCUGGACUUCGAACAUAUUCGCAGCUACAGCUUCUCUCUUUUUGCCAAUGAGUCCAUGUCCGACCAUGUGGGAUUUGCCCGUGUCUUUAUUGAGCUGAUCAAUGAGAAUGACAACCGGCCCAUCUUCAGCAAACCGCUGUACAACAUCAGCCUUCCUGAAAACACACCCCCUGGCACCUCGCUGUUACGCAUCCUAGCUACAGACGGAGAUGCAGGCGCAUUUGGGAUUGUGCGUUACUACUUCAGUGAUGAGCCAGAUCAGUUUUCACUGGAUGAUGAGACUGGCUGGGUCACUUUACGGGCCAGUCUGGACUAUGAGUUGAUGCGGCGUUUCACACUGACCGUGCUGGCACGGGACGGCGGCGGUGAGGAGACAACAGGGCGGAUCCGUGUGAAUGUCCUGGACGUCAAUGACAAUGCACCACUCUUCCAGAAGGAGGCAUAUGUGGGCUCACUUAGAGAGAAUGAGCAGACUGUCCAGCCGGUGGCACGGAUCAGGGCUACAGAUGAGGAUUCUCCUCCCAACAACUUCCUGACUUACACCAUUACUUCAGCCUCCGUUUUCCUGGAUUUCUUCAGCAUCACUAUGGUGGAGGGAUACGCAGUGAUCAGUGCAACCAAGCCACUGGACUAUGAGCAGGUUCCAAGAGGGAUGAUCUACUUGACCGUAAUGGCCAAAGAUAGUGGAAAACCAGCCCUCAACAACACUGUACCCGUUACAGUGGAGGUGAUUGAUGAGAACGACAACCCGCCAGAGUUCAGCAAGCAGUCCUACAUCGUCAAAAUCCCUGAGAACAUUAACGCUGGGGCAACUGUGCUGCUUGUGAAUGCUACUGAUUUGGACGCCUCUCGGGAGUUUGGCCAGGCCUCACUCAUCUACUCCCUGGAGGGCUCCUCUCAGUUCCGUCUCAACUCACGUUCAGGAGAGAUCACCACCACAGCUCUUCUGGACAGAGAACUGAAGUUAGAGUACAUCCUGAUAGUCAGAGCUGUAGAUGGAGGUGUAGGACCUCAGCAAAAGACUGGCAUUGCCACGGUAAACAUCACUAUCCUGGACAUUAAUGAUAACGCCCCUGCGUGGAGGGAUGAGCCAUACCAUGCCAACGUAGUGGAGAUGAGCCCAAUAAACACUGAUGUGAUCUCGGUGAUGGCACUGGACCCUGACAAUGGGGAAAACGGGACAGUGGUUUACAGCAUCAGUCCAGAAAAUCCUUUCUACACCAUCAGCAGCAGUACAGGGAAGAUUCGCACCAGUGGGGUUACACUGGACAGGGAAAGCGCCAACGCCAAGGAUGCUGUGCUCAUGAGAACCAUUGUCAUCUCAGCUGUCGACCGUGGUAAACCUCCACUACGUGCAUCAGCAAGCACCACAGUGCUUGUCAAUCUGCUGGAUCUCAAUGACAAUGACCCAGCCUUCCUCAACCUGCCAUUUGUGGCUGAAGUGCCAGAGGGACUGAGCACUGGAUCUUCAGUUUUUAGGGUCCAAGUAGAAGACCCAGAUGAGGAUAAGAAUGGACUGAUUACAAUGGCGUUACAGAUGGGUAUGCCUCGCCUUGAUUUCUACCUGAACACCUCAACGGGCAUUCUCACGUCCACCACAGUACUAGAUCGUGAGCAGAUUGGACAGUACCAUUUGAGGAUUAUAGCCUACGAUGCUGGAAAGUUCCCCCGCACAUCCACGUCAACCCUCACUAUCACAGUUCUGGAUGUAAAUGACGAGACACCCACCUUCAACCCUCGCGUGUACAAUGUUUCCCUGAAGGAGAGCGUUCCGAGAGACCACAUUGUAACGCGCCUAAGCUGCUCUGACAACGACGCGGGCCUCAACGCUGAGCUUAGCUACUUCAUCACAGAUGGAAAUCAAGAUGGUAAAUUCAGCGUGGGCUUUAGAGACGGUAUUGUUCGGACAGUGGUUGGUCUGGACAGAGAGAACCAGGCAGAGUAUACUCUUGUCGUCGAAGCUAUAGACAAUGGCCCAGCAGGCAGCCGGAGGACAGGUACAGCCACCGUGUUUGUCGAAGUGCAGGAUGUCAACGACAACAGACCCAUCUUCCUCCAAAACAGCUAUGAGACUAGCAUAUUGGAGAGUGUGCCCCAAGGAACCAGUAUCCUUCAGGUUCAGGCUACAGAUGCAGACCAGGGAGAGAAUGGUCGUGUUCUGUACAGGAUCCUCACCGGCAACAGCAACAAACUGUUCCGCAUAGACAAACAGACCGGGCUGGUGACAAGAGGCCUCAGGGCUCUGGACAGAGAAACCAGCAGCUCCCAUGUGUUGGAGGUGGAGGCCUACAACAGCGACGAGGGCAGCAUGAGGAGCUCUGUCAGGGUAAUCAUAUAUGUGGAUGAUGCCAAUGACGAGGUGCCGAUGUUUACCCAGCAACAAUACAACCGCCUAGGCCUGAGGGAGACGGCUGGCAUUGGCACUUCUGUGAUUGUGGUCCGUGCCUCAGACCCCGACACUGGUGAUGGUGGCGCUGUCGCGUACGCCCUUGUGUCCGGCUCAGACCGCAAGUUUGAGGUGGACGUAAGCACCGGCCUAGUAACCACCGUGGACUACCUGGACUACGAAACCAAGACCACCUAUCUAAUGAACGUCUCGGCCACUGACCAGGCUCCACCUUUCCACCAAGGUUUCUGCACCGUCUAUGUCACGUUACUUAAUGAGCUGGACGAGGCCGUGGCCUUCUUUUCUGCUGGGUAUGAGGCUUCCCUGCGUGAGAACAUCGCCACAGGGACAGAAGUGGUACAGGUGCAGGCCCAGUCGGCCGAUAACUUGAACCAGCUGUCUUACCGCUUUGACCCUGAUACGUCCCCUGCAGCGCUGGCCCUCUUCAAGAUUGACAGUGUCACGGGCCGUAUCACAGUGACGGGUCUGCUAGACAGAGAAAAGGGGGACAUGUACACCUUGACUGUUGUAGCUGAUGAUGGAGGGCCUAAAAGAGACUCUACUGUGAAGGUUUCAAUUACCAUUUUGGAUGAGAAUGACAACAGUCCGGAGUUGGACAUCACUUCUGACACUUCAGUGGACAUUCCAGAAAACGCACCCAUGGGGAAGAAAGUGGCAACAGUGCUCGGACGGGACAGAGAUGCCGGGCUGAAUGGACUGGUCAAUUUCACUUUGGUGGCGGGAAACAUGGAGGAUGUGUUUCAAAUCAAGACGGUGAACCACACCUAUGGGGAAGUUUAUGUCAAUGCUCCUCUGGACAGAGAGACAGUGGACCGCUAUCUUCUUAAGGUGCGUGCUAGUGACAAUGGCUCACCUCCAAGACACACAGACCAUUCCCUCACUAUCAACAUCCUGGAUGUCAAUGACAACGCACCUGUUAUUGAAAGCCUGAGGGGCUACAAUGUCAGCAUAAGUGAGAACGUUGGAGGAGGCACGUCUGUCCUCCGCGUGAUAGCGACUGACCGGGACAUCGGUCCCAACGCCAUGCUGUUUUAUUACAUAACGGCAGGAAAUCAGGACCUGACCUUUCGCAUGGAUCGCGUGACAGGAGAGAUGGUGACACGUCCGGCUCCUCCAGAUCGAGAGCGUCAGCAAGAGUACCGACUCACUGUCACUGUGGAAGAUGACGGGACGCCGCCUCUGUCGACCUCAACCACCAUCUAUGUGCGCAUUGUGGACGAGAACGACAAUGCCCCAGAGUUUCCUGAGGAGGAGUAUGUCACAGUGCUGAGCGAGGGACCAGACACAGUGGGUGCCACCAUCGCCACGGUAACAGCCAUCGACCCAGACGAGGGUUUGAACGGCACUUUGCGAUACGCUAUCGCUCAGGGCAACCUGAUCCAGACCUUUCGCAUCAACAGCAUCUCGGGGAGAAUCACUGCUGUAAAGGAGCUGGACUUCGAGAUCAGCAGUGGACACUACGCUCUGGUUGUCACAGCAACGGACCAGUGCCCAAACCCUGCUCUUCGCUUGACAUCCAGCACAACAGUCCUCAUAAAUGUCCUAGAUGUGAAUGAUGUGACACCAACUUUCCCCAGACCCUACGAGGGGCCCUUCGAUGUUACUGAGGGCCAGCCAGGUCCUCGAGUAUGGACACUCAGAGCCAGUGAUGAAGACUCUGGGCUCAAUGGCAAAGUGGAGUACAGCAUCACUGGUGGAGACUAUCAGAAUGAGUUCAUGGUCUCUCCCGUGGAGGGUGAGCUGCGGGUGAGGAAAGACAUAGAGCUGGACCGAGAGACAACAGCCUUCUACAACAUCACUGUCACAGCCCGAGAUCUGGGUACCCCGUCUCGCAACAGCUCGGUGGUGGUUGGGGUCAAAGUUCGAGACAUCAACGACAACGAUCCAGUCCUCCUGAACCUGCCUAACAGCACCAGCGUGAGCGAGGGCGCCUCCAUUCACACGUCUGUGGCCAGAAUCCGAGCUCGCGAUGCGGACAGCGGACGCAAUGCACUGCUCACUUAUAACAUCACUGCCGGCAACCAGGAUGGGGCCUUUUACAUCAAUGACACAACAGGUGUGGUGCAAGUGAACAGGCCGCUUGACAGGGAGCGAGUGGCUGAAUACAGACUCACCGUCACUGUCAAAGACAACCCGGAGAAUCCCCGCAUUGCUCGCAGGGAUUCAGACCUAUUGGUGAUAACCGUACUGGAUGAGAACGACAACAGGCCUGUAUUCACCAGGACCAGUUACAGGGCUGAAAUCACCGAGAACUCUGCAGCAGGCAGCACAGUCACAGUGUUGAAUGGGCCGGUCUUGGCUGAGGAUAAAGACAUUGGACCCAAUGCUGUAGUGAAGUAUCGGCUGCUGGGACCAAGAGGGGACCUCUUUACUGUCGAUGCCAACACUGGCUUGAUACGCGUGCGUCCGGGGGCAAACCUGGACCGCGAGGCGUUUCAGGAGCCGCGGGUCGAGCUAUUUCUGGUUGCUGACGACAUAGGAGGUUUAAACAGCAGUGUCCCUCUGACAGUUACCAUCCUGGACCAGAAUGACAACCCUCCUGUCUUCAGUCCAUCCAGUUUCAGUGUCCGCCUCCCUGAGAACAGCCCCACAGGAGUGGUGGUGACUCAGCUGUCUGCCACCGACGCAGACUCCGGCUCUAACGGCUGGCUGAUGUAUCGCUUGGAAAGUGGUGCUCAGGACCGUUUUGUGGUGGACCCGCUCUCCGGUGCGGUCUUGGUUGGCAACAACACACUUGACAGAGAAGACCGUGGUUCCUACCGCCUGGUCGUCAUGGCGAUCGACCGCGGCACACCCCCACUUUCAGGCACAGCCACCCUCACGGUCAUCCUGGACGACGUCAACGACUCGCGCCCACGUUUCCUAGAUACUUUGAAAAUGAUUAGUGUCAACGAGUCCACACCGCCUGGUGUGGUGGUGGCCACGCUCACCGCCGAGGACCUUGAUCUUCAUCCCCGGCUGGAGUAUUACAUCAUCUCAGUGGAGGCAAAGGAUGACGGGAACAAUCCAGUGGAUGGUCUGCAGGAGUCCUUUGGCAUCGAUCUACACACUGGUGCAGUGUUUGUACGCAACCCGCUGAACAGAGAGCAGGUUGCGACAUUUGAGAUCAUUGUGUCCGUACAUGACAAUGCCAGCGACAUCAUCGACAAGUCAGGAAGUGUCCCCAAUGCGAGACUAACCAUCAACGUGUUGGAUGUCAAUGACAACGCUCCUCGUUUCCGGCCCUUUGGAGUGUCCAACUUCACCGAAAAGAUUUUGGAAGGAGCUCAGCCAGGUACAACUCUACUGUCAGUGUCAGCUGUUGACCCGGAUAAAGGACCCAACGGGCAGGUCAUCUACCAGCUGCUUCACUUGCCCCGAGGUGGAUACGUCAGACUGGAGGACCCAUCUGUUGGUAAGAUUGUAGCCAACCAGACGGUGGAUUUUGAGCAGAUACAGUGGCUGAAUUUCACAAUUCGAGCCCAGGACCAUGGUUCUCCUCCCAGGAUUGCUGAGCUGCCAGUUUAUCUGCGCAUUGUGGACAUCAAUGACAACAACCCUGUCUUUCUACAGCCGUCAUAUCAGGAGCCUGUGUUUGAAAACGUGAACCUGGGCACCACCAUAGUUCGUGUCAGUGCUACAGACGCUGAUUCUGGCCUCUUUGCUGUCAUAGAGUACAGCCUGGUCGACGGAGAGGGAAAGUUUGGCAUCAGACCGUCCACUGGAGAGAUAUACAUCCUCUCUCCUCUUGACAGAGAGACAAAGGACCAUUACACUCUCACGGCAGUCGCCCGCGAUAACCCUGGCGGCAGCCCCAACAACAGACGAGAGAACUCUAUCCAGGUUCUGGUGACUGUUCUCGACGUCAACGAUUAUCGGCCGCGCUUCACGGAGCGAGUGUACAACACCAGCGUGUUUGAGAACGAGCCCAGUGGCACGUCUGUCAUCACAGUGAAAGCUACCGAUCUGGAUGAAGGAGAGAAUGGAGCAGUGCUCUACAGCAUGUUGGGAGCCCACUCAGAUGCAUUUUCCCUGGAUCCAAACACAGGCCUGGUGCGUUCUCGCCGUCUGCUUCAGUCUUCUGAACGUUUUAACCUGACUGUGGUGGCCACUGACCAGGGGCGUCCUCCCCUGUGGGGCACCGCAGACCUGAUCAUCAUAGUCAUAGAUGUCAAUGACAACAGACCUGUGUUUGUCCGGCCCGCUAAUGGAACCAUCAUCCAUAUCUCAGAGGAGCAGCCUCCCGGCCUGCCUGUGUAUGAGGUGUAUGCAACAGACUCAGACGAGGGUGUGAAUGGCGAGGUCCGCUACUCCUUCUUGCAGACUGGAGCAGGUAACAGAGACUGGGAAAACUUCCACAUCGAUCCCUUGUCUGGAGUCAUCACAACAACUGUGAAAAUGGACAGAGAAAAACAAGCCCUCCAUAUUCUUAUUAUUGUUGCCCGUGACAUGGGCCAGCCAGUGCCUUAUGAGACCACACAGCCUCUGCAGGUGGCGCUGUUGGACAUUGAUGACAAUGAACCUGUCUUCCUCAAACCACCGCGUGGCAGCUUGCCUUAUCAGUUGCUGUCCGUGCCUGAGCACUCCCCUCCAGGAACUGUUGUGGGCAACAUCACCAGAGCUUUGGACGCAGACGAAGGCUCCAAUGCAGUCGUGUACUACUUCAUCGCAGGAGGAAACAGUGAUGGCAACUUUGGCUUGAGUCUGGACGGAGAGUUGAAGUUGUAUAAGGAUCUGGACAGGGAGGAGAUCCCGGCCUACUCCAUCAUCAUCAAGGCUUCCAGCAACAGGAGCUGGACUCCGCCAAGGGGUCAGAGGGCAGCGCGAGCUAAAGCGCUGAAUCCGGCCCGAGACCCCAGCCUGCUGGAAGUCCGCAUCCAACUGGAGGACAUCAAUGACCAGAAACCACACUUCGUUAAGGCGGAGUACACCGCAGGAGUUGCAGCAAAUGCCAAAGUGGGUUCAGAGUUGAUCAAGGUUGUUGCUCUAGAUAAUGACAUUGGUAACAACAGUUUGGUCCAGUACCACAUCGUUACAAUCCGCUACUUCCAGUCACAGAGCAACGGGAGUGAGGAUGUCGGCAGCAUCUUCACCAUUGGUUUGACUGAUGGCAUCAUCAGAACCUAUGACCUCUUCACGGCCUACAAUCCAGGCUACUUUCAGCUGGAGAUUUUGGCCUGCGAUUUUGCUGGACACAGUACAACCACCAACGUGAACAUCUAUAUCCUCCGCGACGACCAGAGGGUCAAGAUAGUCUUCAACGAGAUCCCAGAUCUGGUCCGUGAAAAUCAGGAAGACUUUGUUAACUUGUUGUCCAACAUUACCGGCGCCACCGUCAACUUGGAUGACAUUCAGUUUCACGUGGACAAGAAAGGCCGGGUCAAUUACGCACAGACCGACAUGCUGAUCCAUGUCGUCAAUAAUCAGACCAACACCAUCCUCGAUGUUGAAAGGGUGAUCCAGAUGAUUGAUGAGAACAAGGAGCAGCUGAGAAGCCUCUUCAGGACGUACAAUGUUGUGGAUGUUCAGCCUGCUGUUGGGGACAAACUGCCAGAUGAUCUCUCCACACUUCAGCUGGUCAUCAUCAUUCUCGCCGUCCUGCUGUGCUUGGCAGGAAUUCUGUUUGUCACAAUGAACUGGCAUUAUCGUCGAGUACACCAGAGAAAGCUGAAAGCCAUCGUCGCAGGAUCAACAGGGAACCAGGGUCUAAUGGAUAUCCUGGACAUGCCCAACACCAACAAGUACUCUUUUGAGGGGGCUAAUCCAGUGUGGCUGGACCCAUUCUGUCACAACCUGGAACUGGCCGCUCAGGCUGACCAUGAGGACGACCUGCCGGAGAACCUGAGUGAGAUAACUGACCUGUGGAACAGCCCGGCGCGCACUCACGGAACAUUCGGUCGAGAGCCUCAAGCAAAACCAGAGGAUGAUCGUUACCUGAGAGCGGCCAUUCAGGAGUACGACAACAUCGCUAAACUGGGCCAGAUUAUGAGGGAGGGGCCCAUCAAGGGCUCCUUGCUGAAGGUGGUCCUGGACGACUACCUGAGGCUGAAAAAGCUCUUUGCAGCUCGACUCGUCACUGUGUCCACCAGUCAGGGAGAUCACUCUUCAGUCACUGAGCUGAUCCAGAGCGACCUCGACGAAGACGAGGAUGAGCGCCUGGGCAUGGGCGGUGGUCGCGGCACCCUGCGCUUUAAGCACAAGCUUCCUGUGGAAUUGAAGGGGCCCGAAGGUGUGCACGUGGUCCAUGGCAGCACAGGUACCCUCCUGACCUCUGACCUCAACAGCCUGCCAGAGGACGACCAGCGGGCUCUGGCUCGUUCUCUGGAGGCUCUAAACGCUGAUGGGGGGCUUUAUAAUGAGCGCAACGCCCGCACAGAGUCGGCCAAGUCCACCCCAAUGCACCGUCACAAGGACGGAGACACCCUGUCGGAGAGUCCUCUGGAAAUCACAGAGUUAUGACUAGCCGAGGCCUCGCUGGUCUGAGCGCAAUCAAGACUUGUGUGUGUCCUUGUGCCUCCACACUGCCACCCAGGUUAGGGGGGGACUGGAGGAGGAGUGUAUGUAGUCUACGGUACCUUAUCAGCCAACUUCAGUGCAUCAGUGAGGCAGCCUGCUGGAGGACUUGCUCUGAGUUGGUUUGAGUGGAUCUUGUGUUGAAGAUGAUCCCACUGUUGGCACUUCAAGAGAAGGCUUACUCAAAUGACCUGUAGGAAAUGGAAAAUCACCAGGGCACCAGUUUUCAGCAAGACAAAAUCUACUGGUAUCACUGAUUUUCAUGCAAUGAGCAGACUGGAAAAGAAAGAAAUGAACACUGCGUAUGGGAGAGGCUACUUGAUCCAUGACCUUAAAAUGGGCAGACGGUGCCUCAUUCUCAUUAACUAACUAAGAUUUGAAGUCAUACCUGGACUGCAGACACUUACACAAACACAAAUACACACACUCAGACCAGCAGAUGGCCAUUAAUGAGACUCUAAAGAUAAUGACACAAGUCCUUAUUGCAUUAUAAUGUUUUUUUAAUUCAGUGCUGAAUGAGUUAAAACUUAGUCAGAUAAUAAAUGAUUCUGUCGGUGGGAAAUUAUCGAUGGUCAUUCGAAAGCACUUUGAAUAUUUUCCCCAGUUAAUUUUACACCAGGAGAAAGAAAGACCACUGUAAAGUUAUUACAGUGCUGUGUUCUUAUGAAGAGAUUUCCUGGAUCAGUGCUUGAAGAACUCUCACCUGCAGAGCAGUGACGAACAUUUAGACGCUGGCCCUGACUCCUGCUUUCCAUUUUUAGCAUGGACUGACAGUCGUGAGCAAGAGGACUCCUCGCCGUUUAAGUGAUUAAGUGAUUGAAUGAUUAUGGCGGACGAUCAUCUCAGAAUGGAGCCACAUGAAGAAAAAAAAAGUGAGCCUUUUAGUAAAGGAAGCCAGAGAAAGUCUUGCAAAAAAAUUAAAUGUAUAAAUAGAAUUUCAAUAAAUAUGAUUUAUCCAGGUUUUGUAGACAUUAAGAUGGCGUUGUGCCCACAGACUUUCCACUGCCACCCAAUGGAGUAAGAGUCAUGCUCAAAAAGAGCAAUGUUUGCUUUAUUUUUUUAUUUUAUAGAAAAUGUGCUGGAAUCAAAAGAUAUUUUUAAAGACAAAUGCUGGCUUACCAAACUAGGUAAAAUAUAAUUAUGGAUAUUUGGAAUAUAUGUAUAUUGUGCUAUGAUGUAUGUCAUUUUAUUUCCUUUCGUAUGACAACUGAUAUCGUUUCCGACGAGUGGUGUGUUUCUAAUUUUUUUUUUAUAUUCUCAUUUUGUAAAUUUUUAUUUCUUUUGUCAUAAGCCCUGAGAUCUGUGUUGGGAAUUGUUGUUGGAUGAUAUGUGAUAAUAAAAGAAAUAUGCAAUGGUC